GGAGGAUUUGCUGGACUUGGACGAGGAGCUGCGCUACAGCUUGGCUACCUCCGUGAGGACCAAUGCGGGGGCCUUGUGGGCCAGGAUUUGGCGGGUGGGGAGGAGCGACCCCGCCGGCCCCAACUUCUCUGAGGCGACUCAGGGCAGCAGGCCUCGAGCCGCGCCUGAGGGCCAAGGUGGGUCGCCGAGCUCAACGGGAGUCAGCGCAGGCCGAGAAUCACCUCAAUGGCAAGAAUUCCUCUUUGACUCUGACUGGAGAGACUUCCUCUCCUAAAUUACCUCGCUGCCGAGAGGGAGGCUGGGCAGGUGAUUUCGUGAAGGUUUCGAAGUUUAGGAGGAAGGCUUCUGAAGAAAUAGAAGAUUUUCGCCUCAGACCGCAGAGCCUGAAGGGAUCAGAUUAUGGAGGAGAUAUUCCUAUCAUUCCGGAUCUGGAGGAAGUACAGGAAGAAGACUUUGUUUUGCAAGUGGCAGCCCCUCCCAGCAUCCAGAUAAAGCGGGUGAUGACCUACCGUGACCUGGACAAUGACCUCAUGAAGUACUCAGCCAUUCAGACGUUGGAUGGAGAGAUCGACCUGAAACUCCUCACCAAAGUGCUGGCGCCAGAGCAUGAAGUCCGGGAGGAUGACGUCGGCUGGGACUGGGACCAUCUGUUCACUGAGGUGUCCUCAGAGGUCCUCACUGAGUGGGACCCACUGCAGACGGAGAAGGAGGACCCUGUGGGGCAGGCCAGGCACACCUGAGCCCGUCACCCAUGCUCUAGACAUGAAGAAAUGCAGUGAGCUGAAAGCUAAAGAAGCUUGCAAGCAGCUCGAAUUUUUACCUGGAAUAUUUUGUAAUAAAAAUAUUUAUAUUCAGUCAACCACAUUGGAUAAUUCCAUUGCAAUACAUUGCUUUAUUCUGUGCCAUCUCCUC